AUGGAUUUAGAAAUGUACGUGACCAAUGUGACGCAGCCCGUCCCCGAUCCGGCGCUCACGUACAUCCCGCCGGCGGAGGGAGCGGGCGCAGUGCGGCCGGGCCGCCAGCCCGUGGGCACCGUCGUGUACGCGCCGGAGAAGCUGUGCGCGCCGCACUGCUACACCGGCCUCGACAUCGAUUCACCGGAGGGCGUGUUGUGGAUGUCGCGGGGCAGCGCCAAUACUGUGGAGUCGCUGGAGGCCGACGCGUCGCUGCUGCGCAUGCGCUUCGGCCGCUUCCUGCGCCUGCCGCCCGCGCGCAACCUCACGCUGCACCUGCACACCACGCAGGUGCUGCAGACGGCGGUGAGUGGCGCGGCGCGGCUGCGCUGGCCGCGGCUGUCGGGGGCCGGGCGCCGCGAGGCCGGCGAGCCCAGCCAGCCCGGCGAGCCCACCGCCGUGGGUGCGGUGCGCCGGCUGCGCGUGCUGGCGCGCAACCCGUCGCAUUCUCACGCACUGCUGCUGCAGCCUGUGCUCCAGCACGACCUGCACCUGCCGCCCGAGUGCGUACACUGA